AUGGCUGAAAAUGAUAUUGGAAAUGUCAAUAACGAGAGCGAACUUGAACCGGAACAAAAGCGUAAACUUUUUAUUGGAAGUUUAUCGUAUAGUAUCGAUGAAAAUGUAUUUCGCGAUUAUUGGGCACAAUUUGGCACAGUUUUAAAUGCAAUGAUUCUACGCGAUCGAGAUGGCCAUUCGCGUGGCUUCGGUUUUGUUACAUUUGAUAAUUCAGCAAGUGUUGAUGCUGUCAUGAAAGCAAGACCACACACGUUGGAUAAUCGAGUUGUAGAACCAAAACGAGCGGUACCACGUGAAGCAUCUAGUAAACCCGACACGCAGUUAGCAGUAAAAAAACUCUAUGUAGGCGGUGUUAAAGAGCCCAUCGUAGAAAAUGAUCUUCGAGAUUAUUUUUCUAAAUAUGGCACAAUCGUUAAUGCAACUGUUACGAAAGAUCGCGAUGGUCAAUAUCGUGGUUAUGGUUUUAUUGAAUUUGACGAUUAUGAUCCUGUGGAUAAAAUCAUCAUUGAAAAAAAUCAUUUUCUAUGUGGACUUCAAUUAGAUGUGCAAAAGGCUCAAUCGAAAGACAAUUCACAACGUGGUGGCGGUGGUAAUAUGCGAUUUCGACAAGGUCCUCCACCGAUGGGACGAUCGAAUUAUGGUGGUGGCGGUGGCGGUGGUGGUGGUGGUGGUUAUAAUAAUCGCCAACAGAAUACAUUUGAUGGUCCAUAUGGACGACAGCCGAACUAUAAUGAUUAUAAUUCAAAUUUCAAUCAAGGUGAUAAUAAUCGAGCUUCAUUUGGUCAAGGAUAUAAUCAAGAAAGUGCUGGUGGGCCCAUGCGACGUGGAAAUAUGAGAGGUGGUGGUCGUGGUUUUUCACCAUAUAAUGGUCGUGGUGGAGGUCGCGGUGGCGGUGGUGGUGAUCAAGGUCCAUCAUGGUCUUCAUGGGAUUGA